UGAAAAUUCAUUCAAGUUUAAGCAGGACGUGUCAGUGACACGUACAGUGACGCCUCCCAACUAUUUCAGCGAUUUCGCCUCUGCCAGACCUUGUUAAUCAUGUCUCCUCCAAUUUCCGGGAAAAGCAAGGAGUCCGGGACUGCCCGGAUUCUGGGGUCUGGUGCAUCUGGUGUCGCUGAGCUGCUGGUAUUCCAUCCAGUUGACACAGUAGCCAAACGGCUUAUGAGCAACAAAGCCAAAGUCUCCUUCUCGGCACUCUCCCCAAUCAUCUUCCGAGACUAUGCUACGGCUUCCCUACCAAAAAAACUUCUGUCUCUCUUCCCCGGUCUUGGAUAUGCGGCAGGGUACAAAAUUUCCCAAAGAAUAUACAAAUUUGGUGGGCAGCCGUGGUUCAAUGAGGUCAUCACCCGACAUUACAAGGAUGAGUUCACGCGCGUAUUUGGUGAGAGGAAAGGGAAAAUGAUGAUGCAGGCAACUGCUGGCAGCUUGACCGGCAUCGGUGAAGUCGUCCUACUUCCUUUGGACGCCUUGAAGAUAAAACGGCAAGUAAAUCCUGAGGCGUUCCGUGGACGAGGAGUCCUUCGGAUAUUCAUGGAAGAAGGCACUACCCUAUACCGUGGAUGGGGCUGGACUAUGGCGCGUAACGCGCCAGGCUCUUUUGCGCUUUUCGGCGCGUCGGCGGUUACGAAGGAGUACGCCCUUGGCGUCACAGACUAUUCCAAAGCCACAUGGACCCAGAACUUCAUCGCAUCCAUUGCAGGAGCUGUUGCGUCGAUCACGAUUGCAGCACCGCUUGACACAGUCAAGACUCGUAUCCAAAAUGCAAACUUCGAGCAGAAGGUGCCUGGCCUCACGGUUGUGAGGGACCUUAUCCGAAAUGAAGGUCCUACGGCCUUCUUCAAGGGCUUGACCCCAAAAAUUCUUGUCGUUGGGCCGAAGCUGGUCUUCAGUUAUACCCUCGCACAAUCACUAAUACCCUUAUUUGGGAAGUACGUAUGAGCGGCAACGCACCAUCACUUAGUCUACGAUAUCUCGAUGCUGCCUGGCUUCUGGUCAUUGGUUAUAACCUUGUUCAAUUUGCUACGCUGAUCUAGAAGCAACAGAGUAAUACACUCAUCUCACAAAUAAAGUCGUCAAGGACGAGCGUGGCACCUCUGCCUUAACUGUACUAGAUUAUCAAGAGGAAGCCUCUGCUAUCACCACCCUGUCUCCGUGUCUGAAUCAAAUUCGCACUACCUCCGUGC